CUGGGAAAGAAAGUGGCUUAGAGGGGAAGAUGGGGAAUCCCAAACCAGUCAGGGUCUCUGUCACCUUGAGGACUCACUGGUUUCAGUGGCUGCCAAGGAAAUUCUGGUUUACUUUCCCAAGAUACCUGUAACUCUGCCUUUGCCCAAGUCCAGGCUAGCUUUGAGGGCUCCGUUCUUCUCAACAGAGACACGCAUGCUCCCUGGAAAUCCAUGAUGGAUCUAGCAGAGCCUUAGGAUCUGGCAUCUGACUUGAUGAUAAAGCCAAAGGCUGAUCUUCAAAGCUGUAUUGUCCGUGGAAGAAAACAAUUGUCUAACCCUGUACACCAUUACUGGGGGUAGUUUGUGAUAGAAAAUGGAAAGAGGAGGAUGGAUUCUCAUGAAUCUCUCUCUUCCAGUGCUCUGUCUGGGCCAGAGGAUAAAGGCACAGCAAGGGGACUUGCCCAAUCCUAACAUCUCGGCUGUGCCGGGUUCUGUGAUUCCCUGAAAUGAGACUGUGAAGAUUCUGUGCUGGGGAACUCCUGAAUCUUACCUCUACCAACUGGAGAUCUUCAGAAACUCCGAGCACCAGGUGGUAGAGAAAAAACUGGGGAUUCAGAAACAGGCUGAAUUCACCAUUGACCAUACAACCACAAACCCUACAGGACAUUAUUCCUGCCGAUAUACAGCUGGUCAGAGCACAGUGAAGGCCUAGAGCUGGUGGUGACAGGACUGAACAGUCAACCCACCUUUUUGCUCAGCCCAUGCCCUGAUUGGACCUGCGUGAGGACUCCCCAAGGAUGCUCAACGUCUUGAAUUAGCACACGCUUUUUCCAAAGCAGAUAGAACCAGCUUCUAUGCUGCCUUUGUGAGGAAAAGGUGAUGAAACAUGAAUGUCCAAGACUAAAACUUCUCUGUGGGUCACGAGACACUUAAAUAAGGAACAUGGAGACACUGUUUCCUCUCUUGUCUCCUCCCACAUGACGUCAGCACCAUAAAUCACCAGGACUCCCAGCUGUCACCCUGAUCUAGGGAUUCCAUGUUUGGUUCUAGAAUUGCAGAUUAUAGACCUGUCCUUAUAACAUCCCAGAGAUUAUGCUAUUUCUUAAGCCAAUACCAAUUCAUAAAAGUAAUACUAAAUGUAUUAAGUGAGCACCCAAUAUAUGCCUUUCAGUGAACCAAAAUCUCUACCCAAAUUUUACAUGUUUGGGAGGAUGGAACUGUUCUAUGUUUUGAUUGGAGUGGUGGUUCCACGACUAUAUGCAUUUGUCCAAAUGCAUAGAAAUGAACACCAAAGCGAAUGAAUUUUACUGCAUGUAAAUAAAACAGUGAAUGACACGUUCAACAACAAGAAAACAACAAUAGCAAAAACAACAAAAUGUAAUAGACUGGGAAAAGAUUUUCCUCAUAGAAUGUGGGGCAGAACGUAAGAUGGCACAGCAUUUUGUUUUCAAAAAUCGUUUAGACGUUUUGAAAAAAAGAUGGACACAUUUUGAGCUAAAAUAUUAAAAUAUUUAAGAUGAUUUUAUAUUUUUUACCUCAUAACAGAAUAGAUGACUGUUCUUGUGUAGCAAAUAGAGCAUAUUUUGCUUAAAAAUAGCAUUUUAUUGAAACAUAAAUCUCUGAAGAUACUGUUAUUCCAUUCCGAUGAAACUAACUUAUCCAAGGAUAUACCCGCCAUCCACUGGGAAGCCAAGUGAAAAACCCUGUCAUUUUUAUGACAGUCAGGUUUUUAUUCUGUGUGCUGCCCCAUGCCUUCCCUGGGCAGAAAUUUCACAUUUGAGAAUUUAGAGGUUGACUCCAAGUGGGUUGCAGGCUGGACUUUUCGGAGGACCUGGUCAGACCCCAGCUGUGGUCAGAUGCACGGACGCCGUGUCCUUCCCUUGGGCCCCUGCGGUCAGGGUGAGGGGACAGUUCUGAGCCUUCCCGUGAGAAAGUCAACGUGAAGGCCCCAUGGCAACUGGCUCUGGCCUCACCCACCACAUCCUGUGUGUCUCUCUGCCUGCUGGACUCGCUCUCCACCCGCUGCUUGGUGCUCACCCGGCAGAGUCUCCGCCAUGCUGUCUACACUCGCCGCCCUGCUGUCUACACUUGCCGCCCUGCUCUGCUUGGGGCUGUGUCUGGACCAGAGGAGCGGCACCCAGAGACAGACUCUCUUGAAACCCACCAUCUGGGCGAAGCCCAGUUCCGUAACUCCUAAGGGGACAUCGGUGACCAUCUGGUGCCAGGGAACCCACGAGGCUGAUGAGUUCUUUCUGUAUUUUGAGGGGGGCCUUUCUGCCUCAGAGAGAUGGAAACCACCUGGAUCGAUGAACAAAGUCAAGUUCCCCGUCCUGACCAUGACCUUGAGAUCUGCAGGACAGUACGUCUGCUUGUAUCAGAGCGGGGGGCUCUCGUCAGAGCCCAGUGAUCCCCUGGAUCUGAUCAUGACAGGAAUGUAUAACGACACGCCCAGGCUCUCAGUGCACCCCGGGCCUGAGGUGGUCUCAGGAGAGAACGUGACCUUCCGUUGUCAGAUCGAGACCGGAACGAACAUGUUCUUUCUGCUCAAGGAGGGACGGUCCAGCCACCCGCAGCAGAGAUACGGGGACAACCAGGCAGAGUUCCCCACGGGCCCUGUGACCCCAGCCCACAGAGGGACGUACAGGUGCUUCGGCUCCUACAACAACUACGCAUGGUCUUUCCCCAGCGAGCCCGUGAAACUGCUGGUCGUGGGAGGAACUGGGGACACUGCUGUGGAGCCCACCCCUUCCCCUGGAGAUACCUGGGACUUGGACCCUCCAACCACAGAGACAGGAUUCCCGAGAGACCUUGCCCUCUGGGACCACACGGCGCAGAACCUCGUGCGGAUCGGCCUGGCCGUCCUCGUCCUCGUGGCCGUCGGGUGGCUCCUGGCGGAAGCCUGGCUCAGCAGGAAGAGGUCCCAAGAGGGAACCUACAGGGCCGCAAGCUGGGAAUGGGGAAGGUUCAGAGCACGAAGGCCCUUCAACAAAUGACCAGGAGACCCGAUCCUUGACCCUGGGCUGCGAGAGCUGUGUGGACCCCCGGAGGAGGGGGGCAGUGCGGCCAACAAGGGGACGAACGCAGGCAGCUGGCAAAUCUUCCUGUGGGGAAUAAAGAUGCUAAAUUUCUUCUGUGGACAAAUCCCACUGUUUCUUUUAGGUUCUAAGUAUUUUCUAAUAGACUUUAUUUUUAGAGCAGCUUUAGGUUUGCAGAAAAAUUGUGCAGAAAGUAAAGAGAGUUCCCAUACACCCCCUUUAGCCAUACGCACAAUUUCCCUAUUAUUAAUAUUUGCAUUGGUGUGGUGCACUUGUGACAAUUGAUAAACCAGAAAUGAUACGUUGUUAUUAGCUGAAGUCCGUAGUCUACACCAGGGUCCACUACAGUUCUGUGGGUUUUCAUAAAUGUGUAAAGUUCUUUAUUCACCAGUACAGUAUCAAACAGAAUAGUUUACUGCCCUAAAAAUACCCUAUUCAUCCUUCCCCUACACCACUUAGAGCCGUAGCAACCACUGAUCUUUUUACUGUCUUUUUGCCUUUUCCAGAACAUCCUAGAGCUGGAAUCAUGCAGUAUGUAGCCUUUUCAGACUGGCUUCUUUGACUUAGCAAUGCGCAUUUAAGAGUUCCACCAUGUAUUUUCAUAAUUUGAUAGCGCAUCUUUUUUUAUUGCUGAAUAACUCUCCGUUGUAACUGAGGGACCACAGUUGGUCUCUCCAAUGUCCCAUUGGUCCCCGGUAUUCUUGUACCAGUUACUGCAACUCAAACUUAACCACCCCCGUCUUUCCUGAAAAUGUCUCCUUCUUCAACAGCACAGCUAUGGAAAUAUUUCCUUUUGCCUUUGGUCUUUAUCCUUCCUUCUUCCUUCCUUUCUCUGCAGAAAGUCUUUCAACAUAUUUAACACCCAGUCCAGAAUGGGGGUUUAUCAAAUGGAACAGGAGCCGGGGCAGCCACCACCAGCCAAUGGAGAUGCAGGCUGUAAAAAUGAAAAAUUGGUGUAGCUAUGUAAGUGUGUGCUGGCUGGAACUCAGCCCUGCUCUGAUUCUCUCUAUCCAGGAAGUUUCCUUCCACCAAAGGAUUCCAUACUCUUCUCUCCUUUAUCCAUACUCCUUGCCUUGUUCUUCAGGUCUCUGAAUAGAUAUCAUCUCCUCCAAGAAAGAUUCCAAAAUCCUCAUCGUGAUAUAGAUACCACCUUUAUACUCCCAAAGCACCUGCUCUUUCCCCAUAACAGCACAUGAGCCCUGACACUGCAUACACAUCCAUUCUCCCAUCUACACUGUGAACUCAUAAAUUAAACUUAUGUCAGAUUUAGCUGCUGCAUUCACAGUUUUCACUGCUUGGGUGUUUCUUGGGAAAUACAUGUUGAAUAAAUGGAUGGAUAAAUUGGUCUGGAGCACAGACUGGAACUUGGGACUCCUGAGUACAGGUCUUGAAAUGCUGUCUGGGUGCCCCCAGCCCUUCCUCCUUUGGAGCUGCUCCUCGGUCACCCCAUUAAUAUACUCAUUUUGUGGGACCCCACCCUCUCUGAGACAUUAGCAGGCCAAAUCCAUUCUCGAAAUCCGAGUUUCCUGUUAAAUAUCAGAGAAUAAUUCUUACCUCAAAGGGAUAACAUGAAGAUUUAACAAGAUAAAGAAUAUUGAGAUAUCAGCCUAGGCUCUGACAUAUAUGUUUCUCAAUGCAUGGCAACUACUAUUUUUCCUAGUAUUAUGGAGAAUUGAGAAAUUGGACCAAUUUCUCAUUACCAGGGACCUCAAUAUUAAAUUUUCCUCCUUCUAUUCCUCACCUAUCAGGUGUUCUAAGAUCCAAGCAUGUAUAAAUUAGUGUUGAAUUAUAAUUUUCCAGCCCCAUCUCCACUCAGCCUAGAUAUUUCAUAUGAGUAGAAUCAUGCAAUAUAUGUCCUUUUGCACCUGACUUGUUUCCACCUAAAAUGAUGUCUUCAAGGUUCAUCCAUGUUGUCGCAUGCAUCAAAACUUCAUUCCUUUUUACUACUGAAUAAUAUCCUACAUAUUAUGUAUGCUGCAAAUUACGUAUGCAUACAGACAUAUGCUACAAACGGUAUCAUGAUUGCAAAUGUAAUGAAUACUGCUGAAGUAUACACUUAAAAAUGGUUUAAGUGGGAAGUUCUGUGAUAUAUUUAUAUAUAUGCAUAUAUAAUGUUUUUUUAAAACUAAAAUCAAUAUUUUAAAAAAAGCAGCACAAUCACAGCCCCUUCCAAUGCAGCCCUGGUCGCCCCCUCCUCGCCUGGGAGU